AAGUGCGCCUCCCCCUCCAAACGUUGUUUGACAUACCCAUCGUUGUAGGCUUCGCCUCUGGCAGUUUCUUUUUUAAAAGGCAAGCUCAAAGCCACAGAUUAUACAUUUUGCUCCCAAACCGUGCUGGUAAAAUAACCUACGGAGAGAGCAAACAGCGGGAAUCAGGCUUUUCAGCUCUCAUUUGGAGACGAACAGCUUGCGCGUAAACGGCACCGGGCAUCACUGAAGGGAGAGAUCCGAGGCGUCGGGAUAUUUUUGUUUCUUUUUUAAUUUAUUUGUGACUGCGGGCUUGAAGGACAGCGCAAGGGGAGAAGAGUGACUGUUCCUUUGUGGAUUGCGAGCGUAGGUGACAUUCGGGACUUGAGCGCGAAAGGCACCUGUGGAUGCAACACCCCCUCUGGUGUUUGGAAUCAAAUCGCUCGCAAAGAAAGGAUUCACCACAAUAUAUAAUUGCUAAUCGUUGCGGUUUCGAUCAAACAGCCUGCAGUUUAGACAAGAAGCGCGCCAUGCUGUUGAGUGUUUCCUUCCUGGUGCUUCCCCUGCUGCUGAGCAUAACCGGCUGCGGCUCGUCGUACGUGCCGUGCCAGCCGUGCGAUGAGAAGGCCCGGUCCAUGUGUCCGCCGGUGCCGGUGGGUUGUCAGCUGGUGAAGGAGCCCGGCUGCGGCUGCUGCCUGACGUGCGCGCUCGAAGAGGGCCAGCCGUGCGGCGUGUACACCGGGCCGUGCACGCGCGGGCUUCGCUGCCUGCCCAAGAAUAGCGAGGAGAAGCCGCUGCACGCGCUCCUGCACGGCCGGGGGGUGUGCAGGAACGAGAAGUUGUACAAACUGUUGUAUUCGUCCAAAGACGGAGAAUCUCAUGAUGACGCCAUGUUACGCAUCCCAGAGUCAAUGCUGCCCCAAACCAAGGUGCCCAUAUACGGAGGAGAACACAUCAGCAGUCUCAAGGCCCAGGCCAUGAAGCAGGCCAAGGACCGCAAGAAGCAGUUGGCCAGGCCGGGACACGCAAGCAAUCUGAACUUUCCCCCACUCAGCCUGGAUAAACUGGAGCCUGAGUUUGGCCCCUGCAGAAGAAAACUGGAUGAUCUCAUUCAAAGCAUGAAGGACUCUUCUAGGGUCUUUGCUCUCUCUCUGUACAUCCCCAACUGUGACAAGAAGGGGUUCUUCAAACGCAAACAGUGUAAGCCAUCCCGUGGUCGGAGGAGGGGGAUCUGCUGGUGCGUCGACCGGUUUGGCGCAGCAAUCCCCGGCAGCAACUAUGCGGGAGGAAACCUGCAGUGCAAAGAUUUCGACAGCAGCAGCAACAGCAACGAAUGAGAGUGUACUGGUCGUUCUCGUUGAGCCCUGCUUCUCUUAAAAACCUGCCAAUCAAGCUAGCACACUUCACGACUGCCAAUCGGGAAAAUAUGGCACAAAUACUUAUAUUAUAUGGUCAAGUGUGAUGGACUGUUUUUUUUUGUUUUUCUUUCAAAAGGGAGCUGUACUGAAGAGCUUGCAUAAGUGAAAAUCUUCAAAUGUAACUGUGGCUCCCUGCUGACCGUGUACUAUGUUUGAGGUUAGCUAACACCUUACCUCUUUAUACCCAUAUAUAAUAGAGGAUUAUAUAUAUAUACAGUAUAUAUAUAUAUAUGUAUGAUAUUGAUAAUAUGUUGUGUAUUGAAGUGUAUUGCGAAAUUUCUUUUGCGAAAUUCUGAGACAAGACAUAUUUUCAAUGUGGCUAAAAAACAUCAACAUUUGUUUUUAUUUUUGUCAUAGUGGUGAUCAAGGAGACACCAUUGAAGAGUGAGUCAGUUCUCGUCUAAAGUAGCAAUGUUUUGCUAAUUGUUAAUCAUAGGAAUGAUAUCCUGAUGUAAGAGGUAUUUUUUUUAUGUAUCAAAUAAUGGCCAUUUAAUCCAGCCCGCGACUUACUGUCACUGAACACUUUCCCAAAUUAAGGCUACUUUGCCAAGCAGGAAAAGGGGAGAAGGUUCUGCAGGAUUCCUGUAGGAGGCUGGGUAUAUCAUUUUGUCAUCAGAUUGGAGAAACCAACCCAUCAGUGGGCAGGAGAUAGACAGAGUCAGCUGGCAGCCAUUUCAUAUGCCAUAGCCAUGUCAGCAUGGUAGCUAUCAUUAUUUGUUCAGUAUAGAUUCAGAAAAUCAUUGGCCUGUUUUCACUAAUUGGAGCCAAAUCUAUAGACCUAGAGUUAAAAGAAGCCUACACACUUAAAUGAAUAGUUUGGCAUUUUAGGAGUGUAGAAAUGUACAAAAUCCACCUACCAGCCCCUUCAAAGCUCCCUAAUUAACAUGUUUUAUGUUGUUAGUUUAAUCCAUCAAAAAGACUUAAAAACAUCAGUUUGCCUUUUUAUGUGGGUUUUGUGUGCUGGACUAUUUCUUGACUUUGACCUUUUUAACUUAAUUAACUUUUUUGAGUCUUUUUGUCUGGUUGCCUGGCAAACACUGAGAGCCAAGAAAUGAAAACCUAUGCUCGCAACUCAAGGAAAUUCAUUCAAUCAUGCUAUGUUUUUGCCAGUUAGAGAUGAUUAUUUUCUACAUCACAAUGGAACGACAUUCGAUCACCCAGCAGCACUCAUAAACAAACUUGUACUGUAAAAGGUUAAAGGCCUUUUUCAAGUCUAGACAACUGCGUCCACUGUUUGUAAAUGUAUGUACAGUGUGUGUGUGUGUGUGUGUGUGGUAAUGCUCCUGAGUGUGUCUGUAUGUAUGUGUACUGUACUGUACUGUACUGUUUGUGCCAUGCCCUUAUACGUAGUUCUCGACUACAAGAAGCUCUGGUUUAAAUUCUCACAAGCCUCGAGCUACUGUCCGACAAAUGUGGUGCUGUGCAUUUCCCUUCGCAGACAAAUAGUAUGCAAAGGCCCCGCAGUGUUUAUGUUUCCAUGUGUAGGGUCUUUACUGCCGCCAAACAGGCAAAUCUGUCGAUGACUUGCUCUCAGGGUUUAUUGGGUCCUUUAUCCUGCAAAGAGCAAGGUCGCUGAGUUUCUAUGUAAAUUCAAGUGCCUUCUGCCCCACACCACUUUGAAUUUUCAUUUGCAUGUGGACCCAUUGUGUGGUUGAAUGAGGGACACUCGAGCACAAAGGAGGAAAACAAUUUUGGUUGUGGAUGUAGUCCGAUUGUUUGGUCUGAUUUAUUUUUUCCGUUGGUUGCUGACAAAGACUAUCAUGAUCUCCCAGGCAAGCACUGCUGAACGUACAAUGACAGAGAGCUUUUGUUCUAUAGUUCAAAAUUUGCUUAAGAUCCUUUUUUUUUUUUUUUUUUUUUUUUUUUUUUUUAUAAUCUUAUAGUUCAUUUAAUGACUUUGUAAUGUCAGACAUUUUUAAUUAGAGCAUUGACAGAGGCUCAUCAGCCAAUUCUUCCCGGUGAAACACCUCUCUCAUGGUUUUGAUUCUAGCACACAGGUAAACACAACAACACGGUGACACUUUAAAACAUUUCAGAAUCUCAGUUAAAAAAAAGAUUAAUGUGAACAUUAUGGUGAAAUAUUUAUCAGGUGUGUAAUUGAUGUACUCGACUUAUUUUGUAAUGGCAAAUCACUAUUUAAAUAAAGUGCAUGUACUCA